CGCCAACCCCGCACUUCCUCCUCAUCCUCCCCCCUCGUUCUCAAUUGACUUUUGCCCAACAAUCAACCACAAUCCCAUCCAUCCAACAUCACCAUGGCCCUCAAACCCGGAGACUCUUUCCCCUCUGACGUUGUGUUCCAGUACAUCCCCUGGACAGAAGAAAGCGGCGAGAUUACCGCCUGCGGAAUUCCCAUCAACUACAACGCCUCGAAAGAAUGGGCCGAUAAGAAAGUCGUGCUCUUCGCCGUACCUGGAGCCUUCACCCCCACCUGCUCCAUCAAUCACGUUCCGGGGUACAUCCAGAACCUUCCGCGACUCCGAGAGAAGGGCGUGGAGGUGGUCGCUGUCAUUGCCUCCAAUGACCCAUUUGUGAUGAGUGCUUGGGGCAAGGCCAACAACAUCAAGGGCGAUGAUAUCCUCUUCCUCUCCGACCCCGAUGCCAAAUUCGCCAACUCCAUCGGCUGGGCGAACGGCGGCCGAACCGGUCGAUUCGCGAUCAUCAUUGACCACGGAAAGGUGACCUACGCACAGAUCGAGACCGAGAAGGGAGUCAAGGUUUCUGGUGCAGACGCUGUGUUGGCCCAUCUGUGAGGAUAGUGAUAUGGAUAAAGCAAGUGAAGAAAUCUAUAGAGAACAGUUUCGUGCCUGCGUCGUGUCUCAGUGGUUGUGGUUCUGUAGUUCUGUAAUACCGAAGAGACCAAUCCGUCGACCCCCAUUUCCAAUUGGUUCGAAGCUUAUGCGAUCGACUCUCGAAUCUUCCACCAUUAUUUGCAGGUGAUCCGGGGCAAUCAAACAUGGCACUGAUUAGGAUCUUCUGGGUCAGGUCCACGACUCACGGUUAUGAGACGUC